UGGCUAACUCGAUGUGAUUCGAAGGCAUCUUCCCCAUCACAAGCUCUUCCGACAAUCAGUGGCCUUCAUAAUGGGGCUUCAUGUUUAAAUCGUUCGUCAAGCAUCAUUGGCAGAAAGAAAUGAAGAAAGAAAGAAAAGGUUCAUUUCAGCCAAGAAAGUUAUGACUCCGACCAGUGCAGUCCAGUUCGUACGAGCGAGCAAAUAUUGUGACUGGAAUUAUCAGAUUCCCGUCAUCGUGGCUAUAUACGCCGGGAAACUUAAACGCAGACGGUUUGGCAUGAUAUUGUGAGGGCGCCUGGGGCGUGAGUUGCAACUGGAGGUGGUGGUGCUUGUGGUGGCAUGGUAUUGUGGCAGCCUACAGAAGGUGAAGAGGAUUAGGCCUCGAUUUCGUUGCCUGCUCACUUACACACAAGGUUAGCCGUAAAUACGGGCGUGCAUCUCCAACGCCUAAUCGAGCAUCCAAUCGAGCAUCUUGUUGUGGUUUCCGCAUCUUUCAUGUUUGUACCGUACUGGCAGGUACUGGAUUGUCGCACAAAGCAAUUUGAGGGUUUGUGGUGCUGUCACUGAUAUCAAUUGCCGAUGCCGGGGAAGAAGUAGCGGGAGUUGUCCCUCACGUGCCUUUAGUGCUUGUUCUACCUUUUGAGCAGUUGUGGAGUGUACAGACCGGCGAUUUUUACGUGCAAGCUGAAGGUGGAGCGUGGAUCGAUCGCCGAUUGAAUUUGUGUAUACUUUUGUGACAUGAGGUUUUAGUGGAUGUAGGGUUGUUUCAUGCCUGGAGCUAUUUUAUAUGACAGGUGCAGAGGCCAGAUCGAUGGGCGAGUGAGUUUCACUGAUGGUAGAGAAGAAAGGUUUACAACGUCGGUAGGUCGGGUGGAAGUGAGUGGCUGGGCCAGAACUUGAAUUAAACAUGGGGAUGGAGAUAGCAACUACUUCAUCCCAGGAACCAAAGCCGAUUGACGAGUCGGACGUUGGGGAUUUGAGAGUGUUAACAACGAGGCCCAGUAUUCUGUUGGUGGGUCCUCCGGCUGUCGGCAAACGUUCUCUUCUUAAUCGGCUCAUUUCGAAGGAAACAUCUGCUUCUGCUACAUCGGAGUCUGGACCAUCUUGCCAUGGGUGGACAAUUGAUACCAAAUACUACACAGCGGAUGUGUGUAUCUGGAUGGCCCGGCUUGAGAGCUCUUCGGAGGAUUCCGAUUUUAUUCAAGUCCAGUAUGGGCGCAGCGAGGCUCUGGUCAUGGUCUUCGACUUGAGCAACGAUGCUUCCUUCAAGGAGUUGCAGGAAUGGGCAACAAAAGUUGCGCUUGAGAAUUUCGAAAUUCUGUUGUGUGUUGGCAAUAAAGCUGAUCACGUCCCUGAGCACUUUGCUCAUGCCGAAUAUCGCCGGAAGCUUCAAAAGGGAGGCGAAUCAUCGAGCGACCCGCACCCAGAGUUUUGGGACUUCGGUAUCGAUCGUUCAGAGGGCAGCAGUCUGCUGGGGGAGGAAAGUUCUUCUUCUGCAGAAGAUGCAAGGCGCUCACGAAUAGAGUGGUGCAGUGAACGGGGAAUUGAAUACAUUGAAGCUUGUGCUAUAAAUGAGGUUUUUGACAAAUGUAUGUCAGUCGACGGUGAUCUUCAGGGUGUUGCUAGAAUUCACGGAGCUCUCUCUGCCCAUAUGUGGCCAGGCUUGGUCAUGAAAGAGAGCAAUCAAAGAGAAAAGUCUACCACUUUGCAGCCUGAACAAGAAGGUUCGACAAGUGACGACGACUCGGAUUAUUACAUUGAGUAUGAGCUUCUGUCAAAUGGUUCAGCUGAGCCCUGGGAUGGAUCUGGAUGGGAGGAUCAGUGGACACAAGCUCCCUCAGCUCAAGAUAUGCCCGUAUUGGAGACCAGCGAAGAGACCGUCGUUUCAAAGGACGAUGCAGACGCUCACCCUCGUGACUCAGUGCCUACGGUUUCAGUGACAAAUGACGGCCAGAAUGAGCCCCAGCCUGUUGAAGUGGCUCAGCCGGAAGCGGAGCCCCAGCUGAAUGGGGCCGUGGUGGUGAACACUGAGGACGAGAAUGGAGUCAAGAGGGAAGAUGCUGAUAUCAAUCCUGGGAUUAAUGCACAUGUAGAUAAUGACUUUGAUGAAAUCGACCAACUCAUGCACGAGAUGGCGUCCAUGCGCGAGAACAUGCGCACGGUAUCAGAUCAUCACAGAAGAGAGAUGGCUGCACAGUUAGCCAUGCGAAUGGCAGCCAUGUUCAAGGAUGAUGACGAGGAAGCCGAUAGUGAGUGAGUGAGUGAUUGAGUAGUUUACGGGUUUCUCAACAUUAUCUACUAUGAUCUGUAUUGUGGCUGCUCAAGGGACUAGUCUAAAGAACCUGCUCAGCAGAACACAGUACGAAGGGACUCGUUUUGAGAAGGUCAACUUCUGGCACCCGGUGGGGAUCAAUUGCCUCGAGGCUUGUGAGGCUUUUGUUACUCAUCUGCGGGUCUGGCUCCUUGACAUUGGCUUGGCUUCAUCCACCCUCUCACGCCAUACCCGUUGCGUGGAUUCCCAGAGCAGGCAGAAGGACCUGUUCGUCUGCUCGAGCAGCACGCAAUCUCACUUACUGUUUACUAACGUUCAAAUAUAUAUAGACAGGUAUACCAUGCUCGGUGCGAAUCUCGUGACGGGGAAAGGGUCCAUUCUGUUGUCACGCGAAUGUAGGAUCGUACUGUUUCCAAGUAGCAAGACGUCGUUCCGAGGGAACUUUUAGGAGAUUGAGAUUGAGUGAAGGCCACGAGGAGUUGGCUUCAGAGCAAUCGAAGGGCAAUGUCUAUUGUAGACGAUCUAAAUCUGUGUUAUCUUUCAGGACGGAUCUGAACUGGUACCUCGUGGUUUGCUCCUGGAGUGAGGAGUGAGCGAUGCUUUCGGCUUGAAUCUAACUCAAAGAGAUCUUUGCAUGAAUCACUGCAAUGGCUUCCGUUCGGGAUGAUGUAACUAACCACCUCAGCAGAUCCCUCGAGAGAAUCUUGCCAACAAUCGGUGGAGAAUUCGCAAGCUGCUCAUGGACACCAUCAGUCUAAUCACCGGUGCAACCGGUCCUCUGCGUUUUGGUUGCCCAUUAGAACUGUCAAUAAACUGGGAGGUCAUGCAGGUCUGUCAAUCCGAGUCAUUUAGUUGAACAGUCUCACUAUGUACCUGUCACAUCUUGUCGAUGAAAAUGAUGGUCGGUUUUAUGGUAAAAUAUUGUCAAGGUAACGGAUU